AUGCCACCGAAAAAGAAAAAAGAUAAAGCUAAAGAAAAGGCAGAGGCAGAGAGGAAAGCGAAGGAAGAAGAGGAAGCCCGUCGAGUCCAAGAGGAGAUAGAGGCAGAAGAACGAAGAAAGAUGGAACUGAUUCUUAUGAAAGAUCGUAAAAAACAGGACAACAAGGAACGAAAAAUACGAGUCACUGAGUUGACAGAGAUUGCUACAAUGACUGAAGAACAAGAAAGCAUGUUCCAAAGAGCAGCCAUUGAAAAUCGCAAAAAUGCAAAGUGGGAGCGUUACAUGAGAUGUGAUGGAACCCCGGACCCAACAAUUCAAGGGGAUAUCAACACUUAUAUCAGUCUUCAGUCAAAUUACAAUGAAGAUGAAAAUAUUCACACUGUGUUGAAAAACACAGAGCUGGACCUUUCUUUGAUAAAAGAAUUGCAGGACCUAACUCAUAUGGACAUAACUGACGAUGAAGAUCUGACAGAAAAACAUAUUGCACGCUUCCAAGAGACCAUCAUCAACCUUGAUAAUCUUCUUCAAUUCAAAAUCGAUUCUUGUACACAUGUGGAAUUGUGCAAUGCCUCCAAGAAUGCUGAUCCAGAAACAUCAAACCUUCAGCUGUGUGGAAAAAAUGACAGCAUAACACUGUGUAUUUGGGGGAACCUAGGGAAAAACCUUAGGAUCAAGAGUUAUGAAUUUAAAGAAAUGGGUUUCACAUUUGAGAUUCCCAAAGUUCUGGCCCUGACAAACUGUGCCAUUCGCCUGCUGUACACAAACUAUGAUCAUUAUUCUCCAAAAUCUCGGUCAUACAGAUUGAGGAAAAAAGUUCAAGAAAUAAAAGAAGAAAUUGUUAAAGAAGAACCAAAAAAAGAAGAAGAAGAAGAAAAAAAAGAAGAAGAAAAAGAAGUUCACCAGGAAGAAACAACAAAAGAAGCAGAAGUAGAAAAAAAUUUAACUCAGGAUUUGCUAGCAAGUCUACGAGGUGAUUUGGCAUUUGAUGGAGAAAUGGACGGAGCAAAGGAAGAAUCUAACAAAAUGGCAGAUAAAGAAGAGGAGGAAGAAGAGGAAGUGCCAGAGUUUCCUUUUCCAAAUACUCCAGAGAUUGUUGAAUAUGAAGACUUUGAUGAACCUGAUGAAAUAGUUGAUUUGCGUGCCAAUGCAGUGGUUGGUGGAAUUUACCAUUUCAACCUGUUACAUCUGCCUCCGCAACCCAACGUCUGCAAAAAAUGGAUCAUCACUGAAGUGACAUAUCCUCCCAAGCUGCAAUUCAUGGAUUAUGUGGCAGAGGUUGUUGAGACGUCAGCAGAGACAAAAUCUGUAAAAAAGGAGGAAACAAAAGAGGAGACAAAAGAGGAGACUGAAAAGCAAGAGGAAAAACAUGAGAAAGCCGAAGAAGAAGGUAAGAAAGAGGAAGAAAGUAAAAAAGAGAAAGAAGAUAAAAAAGAGGAAGAAGAGAAAAAAGAGAAGAAAGAGAAAGACACAAAGAAAGAAAAGGACAGCCAUGAAGACAGAAAAAGAGAUGAAAAGCCACCAAUUGGAAUUACUAUCAAACUUCCUCCAAAUACUUUGUUUUCUGAAAAUCCUCUGCCUGCAAUGUGGGAUGACAAGAAAAAUGCUUGGGUCAUGAAAGGUUUUUCAGACAUUAAAUAUUCUGAAGAUACAAGGACAUUGCAGUUUAAGAUGCUUUCCUUUGGUACAUUUGCACUGAUUCAAGAUUAUUUCAUCAACAUGCCAUUCCAGUCUUGGGAACUGCGACCAAGAGGUGUCAACUGGGCACAUAUGACAAUCACAGCAGCUGUUUUAGAAUUAGAAUUUGACAUGAAGGUACUUGUAACUUUUAUUGCCUUUUUCUUUUAUUCCCUCUCACUUUAG